AAACAACAAUCACAGCUCAUAAAACAACUCAGUUUUCUGAGCUAUUCCAUUCCAAGUACUAUUUUCUCUUCUUUACAAUUACAAAGCGAUCAGAUUAUUAUUUUCUUCUUCCUCCUCCUUACAGUGGUUGUUGACUCGUCUUCUUCAUCGAAAUCAACCAUACAACAUUAUUAUAAGGUUGUUUAUAGCAAUUGCCCCAUUCGGUACGCUAUCUUUGACGCUCAAUACCCACUUUCUUUGUCCCUCGUUUUCUUUGUUAUUCUUUCCUUGGAAAAGCGAUGGAAAUGGCGGACAAUCCAAAGUUGGUUAUGGAAGAAAGCACGGUACCAGAAAAGACCUCGCUAUCUGAUACUCUAAACAGGUUUCAGUACAGUACCGCAAAGAAAUCUGAUAGUUUCGUAGUUGACAUGGAGACCUUCAAUGAGGGAGCCGACAAAGAAAUCAGUGCAAAUUCAAGAAUCACAUUGCAGAGAAACCACUCCAAAAGAGGGGUUCAGCGUGGCGAGAAGAAAACUAAUUCCAAUAAUAAUUAUGCUAAUGAUACUAUAAUUGCUUCAUCUCCCAGAGGGUCAAGCAUGCCUGAAAAGCCGACGGUGGUGGCCACAGAUUAUCCAAUCAACCCUCAAGUUCAUCAUCAGAUCACCAUCACUACCGGCAACAUUAUCACCACCACCCCUGAUAGCGGCAGAUGCGCUGUUAGGAGAAACAGUUUCAAGCGCUCUUCUUCUUUAUGGGUCCUUGAUCCCAAAAGGGUCGAGCAUGGGGACAAUGUUGCUGAUAUACUUCACCCUUUCGAUGAGCAAGUAUAAUGCGGAUGAAAUUACUCUUGAUUAGUACUAAGCAGACUUGACGAUUUUGAAUAUCUAGUGACCUUACAAUGGAGUUGAAUGUAAGUCAGACAGACAGACAUGAAUGUGAUUGGUUCAAGGUGGAGGUCCUUUUUAUAUAAAGAGUCGUCUUCUUUCGAUGAAGUUAGCGGCAAAGUGAACAAUAAAAAGAUAGAAAAAAGAAGAUAUACUUGAGGACGGCAAAAAGCUAACAACUCCACUAGCGCGGCCUAAAGGCUCAGCAGAGUGCAAUUUCUGAAGGCCCUUGUUAAAAUUUUAGAGAUGAAGACAGAGUUAUACUGCACUAUGACAAAGGAAGGGAAUCUUGUAUAUUUAAAUGUUAUUAUUAUUGGAGAGAUCAGAAAACAAUACAUGAUGAUGCUUUCUUGUAAGUCUUUACACAACUUAUUGGAGGAUCAGAAAGUUACUUUUGCUUAUUUUAUACUAUUUUUCAUUUUUCUUUUCCAUACCUUCAGUGGACCCUUUUUGUUUGUGGGCUUCAUGUAAAAUAAGGAAGGAGUACAAGCAAAAGAUUUUCUGGAAAUAAAGUAUUUGUGUGUGUGUGUGCGCGCGCGCACAAGCAUGCGCACUUUAAACUUUUUAGUCCUAGAAUAGCUUGGAGGAAUAAAAGAAGUUAUUUUGUUGACCA